CAACAACGUAAUUUUCUUCGUCUUACUGCGCAUGCUCUUAACUUUAGAAUUUCGAAGGACUAACGGACACGUGUAGUGGAAUAACAGUCCUAGUGAAGAGUCUUGGACAGCAUCAUGAACAGCGCCAUUUUCCAGUCCGCCGUGCGUCCAAAUCUUCCACUAAGGCGACCGGCAACUAGCCUUGGAACUGCACCCAGGAUAAUCACGCCUCCAUUUGGCGAAAAGAAGAGUUGUCUGUCACCAGGCGGCCUGGCGGUCAGCCCUGGUGUCGGAGAUGCUGCAAAGAUGGACAGCGGUAGGAAGGACAAUGGGUCUUUGCCUGCAGAAGACAGCCCAUCUAAGUUGUUCCCUGGAUCUCCCGCUGUGGUGAAGCUGUGCAAUUACUGCAGUCAGCAAGGCAACCUCCGGUGCACGCGGUGCAAGAAGACGUGCUACUGCUCGGUGGCCUGCCAGACGGAGGACUGGAAGGCCCACAGGCACGUGUGCAAGCCGAGCACCCCGGAUUCCCCCGUCAGCAACAAAAUCCAAGAGGCUGUGGCAUCUCCUGCAUCAAGUGUACUCAAGUCUCCAGAAGCCAUGAUGAAAACACCCACCAUGGGACAGGUGAAGAGGAUGUACCUCCAUGAGUUGCCCAAAAACAAGAUCAUUAAAGGAGCUCAGCUGCAGGCCUGUGUAUUGGAGCUGAGGAACCCUGGGAAAUUCUUCAUUCAAGUUCAGACGACAGAGAUGUUGGCGUCUCUGCACAGCAUUACCGUGGCGCUGCAGAAGACCUACGCAGGCUCUCUGGGCACUGAGUACCUGCCUGACUAUGGAGAGCUCUGUGCUGUCAAAUACUCUCAGGAUCAGAAUUGGUACAGAGGUGCAGUGCAGUCCGCAGACGCCAGUUCCAAAAACGCCAACAUUUUGUACGUCGACUUUGGGAACCAGGAGGUGGUGACACUGGACAGGAUCAAACCCCUGUCUUUGUGCGUGGACCCGGCCCCUGUGUGUGCGGUGGAGUGCCGAGUCGCGGGCGUGGUGGCGCUGACGGGCAGCUGGACGGAGGAGUGCUGUAUCGGCUCGCGGCAGCUGCUGGCGGGAAAGAGCCUCCCCAUGACGGUGAUCGACGUGCCGGACAACUCCGACGUCUGGGCUGUGGACUUAAUGCCGCCUGCUGUCGGGAAGAAGUUCAGCACGUUCCUGGUGGAGCAGGGCUACGCAGUGGAGGAGUCCGGCAGACCAAGUGACCAGGACAUCGACUCUAUACUGAGCGCAGCUUUAGAGAACUUCAGGCGCUCUGCGGGGGGUCGCCAGGACAACGUGGGAAUCCUCCUGCCCGAGCCUCUGACGCAGGGAUUGGGCGACAGUUUCUCCGCCAUGGUGACCCACGUGCAGUCCCCCUCUGAGCUCAUCUGCCAGAAAGUGGAGAAUGCCAGUGUGAUUCAAGAGAUGCAGUUGAAGCUGAGAGAGCACUGCACUCAGACAGCGGCGGGCGAGGACUUCAGCCCUGCCCCUGGCUCCGUCUGCUGCUCCCAGUUCACAGAGGACCACCAGUGGUACAGAGCAACUGUUUUGGGGUACUCUUCAGAGUCCAGGGUCUGCGUGGGGUACAUUGACUUUGGAAACUCGGAGGAGGUGGAUCUGAGCCGCCUGCGGCCAAUCACUGCAGAGCUUGCGGCAUUGCCAAUGCAGGCCAUCCCCUGCGUCCUGGCAGAGGUGAAGCCCUUCUCAGACAAAUGGAGUGACGAGGCCAUCUCACUGCUGAAGAAGAGCGUCUGCAACAAGUUUGUGCGCGUGGAGAUCGUGGGCGAGCGACAGAGCGCCGCUCUGGUGGUGCUGACGGACGAGUACAGCGACCCGCAGACCAGCGUCAACGAGCUCCUGCUGGCCUCCGGCCACGCCCUCCUCGACGACACCAUGGCCUCGCCUGACGUAGGCCAGGCGCCCGGCAACCCCCCCGCCCCCCUGCCGGCCCCCGGCAACAGCCCCACUGGUGACUCCACCCCUAUGCCGGUGGAAAAGCCCCACAAAAUGGAGGAACCUUCUGCAGCCGGACCCCCCACGUGCCCACUGCAGUGGUCCUGUGCGGAGCUGCCCUGUGAUGGGCAGACGGUGGAGCUGGUCAUCAGCGUGAUCGAGAACCCCGGAGAGUUCUACUGCCACCAUUACAACAGCAAAGAUAUCCGUGCCCUGAAGGAGCUGUCGAGUCAGGUUCUGGAGCACUGCCGGUCCCAGUCCGCGCCCUUCACGCCAGUGGUUGGCGAACCGUGCUGCGCUGUGUUCCCAGGGGAUGGGUCCUGGUACCGGGCCAUGGUGCUGGGUUUGACACCGGACAAGAAGGCCACCGUGUAUUUUGUGGACUACGGGAACACCAGCACGGUGGAGCAGGCCCACACACGGGCCAUACCUCCCCAGUUCCUCAAGCUCCCGUUUCAGGCCAUACGCUGCUGGCUGGCAGAGGACUGCGUACCGCUACCAUGUGAACACAGCAUUAGGAACAAAGCUGAAACAGGACCCCCCCUCUCCGUACCUCCAGGUGCGGAGCCCCCGCAGGGCGGCUGGGGGGCAGACGCGGUGCGGCAGUUUCAGGUCCUGUCCUUGGGACGGCAGCUCCAGGCCCAGGUCUGCUCCAUCACUGAGAGGGGCUUCGGAGUGCGGCUGAGGAGCGACGGUCGGAGCAUCGCGGCUCAGCUGGGGACCCAGGGACUGGCCAAAGCCAGCGGCCACCAGGAGCCCGCUGCGGUGCCUCAGGGGCUGCCUGGGGGCACGUUUCCUGUGGAUUGGAAAACAGUGGAGCUACCAAGAAACAAGCCGUUCCAGCCUCGCGUAGCGGCUAUCAUCAGCCCCAGCCUGUUUUACAUAAUGAGAGAGGAUAACAAGGACACGGAGAAAGUCCCAGCCCUCAUGAAGGACCUGGCAGCCCACUGCUGCCUUCUCACUAAAGCCUCCCCUAGGGACCCUCAGCCUGGGGCGGCAUGCUGCGCCCAGCUGCCAGGCGAUAAGAGCUGGUACAGGGCUGUUGUCCUGAGAACUGCAGGCUGCGAAGUGGAAAUAGUCUGCGCUGAUUACGGGAACGUGGAGAAGGUCCCUUUAUCAAACAUCGUGCCCAUCGCCGAACAGCACCUGUCACUCCCUUUCCAGAUCGCCAGGUGUGCGCUGUCCGGAAAGGAGCUGUUCCCAGCCGAAUGGACCGAGUCGGUGCUGGAGAUGUUCAGCUCGCAGCUGAGGGCCGCGGCCCAGGCCGCCAUAGACCGCUUCGACGGGACCUUCAACCUCACGGUCCUGAUGCUGACUGAAGCCGCCACGCCCCAAGCCGGCACCGCGCGGCAGAGCUCACCGGAAGAGCCCCGAACCUCCGCCACUGCUGCCGUGAAGCCGCGCGACAUGUCCAAACACCCAGCUCCCGAAGAGGCUGCGAAGACAAAGACAGUUUUGAAAGAAGCCAAGGCAGGGCCCCCUACUCCUGAAGCAAAGAGCAAAGAACGACCACAGCAAGAUUCAAAGAGAUGUGCCAAGGAUGCCUCGGUCUCCAACGCAGAUGGCGAAUGUUGCUGCAGUCACCUGAUUCAGAAGAUUAAUCGGCUUGAAGAACUCAUUAUGCUGCUGAUGAAACAGCUGGGAACUUCAUUACCAAAGAACUGAAUUAAAUGGCUCUACACUUGCAGCUUUAAUGCAAAAUGCAGCUAACCAUAAAUGUUUGUGAUCAAGAUUUAAGAACUGAGCAACUGUGGUGCUAAAGGCAAACAUUUUUCUUUGAAGAACACCCUGAGAAUUCUUGGGUUCUUGAAGAAGCAAGCACUAUACAAAGUACUUUUUUACUUUUCCAUUUUUUCCCAUUUUUAUUAGUUUUUUUUUUAAUCUGGCUAAGUCUGUGUUUUGGUGAAGUCAGACUUCCUGGGUCUACAAAUGGUGUUUGUUAAAUUUAGCAUUACAGUGUUUAGUCAGAACAUUAAGACCAGGUUCAGAAUAUCAUUUUUGUCGCUGUGGAUUUUUGUUUUCUAAGCACGGCAGUUUUCCCAGAAGGCAUUGCAAUUUCAUUAAGUUCAAAGCCCACAGUGCCCUGUUGGGAGA